AGGAGGUGGAUGGUCACGUGGGGCUUAGUGGGACGUUCGCCGGCUCAGCUGGACCAAGAUGGCGACAGUGAGGGGGGUGCUGCGGCAGAGACUGGUGGGCUUGUCGUCCGUCAGGGCUGUCAGCACCUCAUCCUUGAGUACUUUGCCAAAGCAGGUGAAAAUUGUGGAAGUUGGUCCCCGAGACGGACUACAAAAUGAAAAGAAUAUUGUACCUACCCCAGUAAAAAUCAGGAUGAUAGACAUGCUUUCGGAAGCGGGCCUCCCCGUGAUAGAAGCCACCAGCUUCGUGUCUCCCAAGUGGGUCCCUCAGAUGGCUGACCACACCGAAGUCUUGAAGGGCAUCCAGAAGUUUCCUGGCGUCAACUACCCAGUCCUGACCCCAAAUUUCAAAGGCUACCAGGCAGCGGUUGCUGCUGGAGCCAAGGAGGUGAGCAUCUUUGGAGCUGCCUCCGAGCUCUUCACCAAGAAGAACAUCAACUGCUCCAUAGAUGAAAGCCUGCAACGGUUUGACGAAGUCUUGAAGGCAGCUCGCGCAGACGGUAUCCCUGUGCGGGGGUACGUCUCGUGUGUGCUUGGAUGCCCCUAUGAAGGGAAGAUCUCCCCGGCCAAAGUAGCUGAGGUCAGUAAGAAGAUGUACGCGAUGGGCUGUUACGAGAUCUCCCUGGGGGACACCAUCGGCGUGGGCACCCCCAGGGUCAUGAAGGAGAUGCUCUCUGCUGUCAUGCACGAGGUGCCGGUGGCUGCCCUGGCUGUCCACUGUCACGACACCUACGGCCAGGCUCUGGCCAACACCUUGAUGGCCCUGCAGAUGGGAGUGAGUGUUGUGGACUCCUCUGUGUCAGGACUCGGAGGCUGUCCCUAUGCACAGGGGGCGUCUGGAAACUUGGCCACCGAGGACCUGGUCUACAUGCUGGCAGGCUUGGGCAUUCACACGGGUGUGAACCUCCAGAAGCUCCUGGAAGCUGGGACCUUUAUCUGUCAAGCCCUUAACAGAAAAACCAGUUCUAAAGUGGCUCAGGCUACCUGUAGACUGUGAGCCCCUUGCCCACCUGAAGCUCUGGGGACUGUGUGGGAAUAGGGGCACAUCUGGAUGAUUCACUGAUAGGCUCAAGAAAAUGGGAAUGAGAUGGACAGGAACAGGCACCUCGCUGCCAGCCCUGCACACAGGUCCCUCCUGGUAGAAAGGAGGCGACGGACACGAGCUGCUUGGCCUCAGACCCUCCCUCCCAGAUCUGAGUAGGACUGAGAGGCUUUGGGGUGGGGCCUCCCUUCACCAUGGACCCAGCAGCCCAGGAGUUGAAUCCCAGGGGCCACUUGGGAACCCAAUUCCUUGGCUUGGGUUGAUCCUCAGGUCUUGCCUCUGGGUGAAUUCUGACAGGUGGCUACACAGCUCACCCCUGCCAUGGCCUUGUUGCAAUUGCUCUGUGACUUCAGAGGGCAAAAGGCACGGAGGGGUUUUUCCCCAAGCAAGCAGAGGGCAUUUGCUGAACGGGUGAAGGCUGAGUUCUGCAUUGGCCACCUGCCAACUCUAGCAUCUCUGGAAAAUCACUCUGAACACGAUUUUUUAAAACAGCCUUAUAAUUAAAGGUUUAAUGAUGCAGAAC